AUGGAUCAAGAGAAGAACAAAAGAACAAGAGAAUAUGAUGAUGUUGAAGGCAAGAUUUGGAACAAGAAAUCGAAAAAAAGAGACAAGAAUAAUGAAGUGGAAGAGAAAGGCUAUUUAGCAUUUGGAGUGUUUGAUUUUCCUUGGUUGAAGGAGGGUGUGAUAUGCAAAUCAGAAGAAUGUUUGAUGGAUUUUGAAGACAAUUUCUUGUCAUUGUUACAGAACCAAGACAAUGGUUGUUUCAAAGUUUCUUCUGGUUUUGAAUUCUUUGAUGAAUGUGAGGAUCCAAAGACAACAAUGGAUGAUGUUUGGCUUCCAUUUGAGAUUAAUGGAUUGGAGCCUCAAGCUGAGGAUUUGGAUUGUAUUUGGAGCUCUUUGCUUAAUGAUUAA